CCCUGUUGAUGACGACAUCAUCAUCGUUAUCAGUACUAUAGUAAAAAUAAUUACAAAAUAAAACAAAUCUCUUCCUGAUUACAAUCGUGAGUGCACUACAAGUACAAUAUAUAUCUGUAUGUAUUCAAUUAAUUAAUAAAUUAAUGUGGUGUCAAUUGUAAGUAACAAAAUAAUUUUUGUUUAAUGAUCAUUCAAUGAAAAUACAAAAUGAAUAAAGUAAUUUAACGAUAAAUGUUAAUUACUCUAAUUAAUGAUAAUUGUGUUAAUUGAAAAAAGUUAAAUCAAUACUGAAAAAUAGAAGCAAAGUAAUAAGAUGACUUUCAAAGAAGAUUUACGUUUAUUAUUUAAACCGUAUUAUUUAGUUAAUAUUUUUAUGAGCUUAUCAUAUAUAAUUGCUAAACAAGUACCAUUUGUUUGUCCAUAUAUUUUUCCGGAAAAUGAAUGUGAAUUAGAUGGGAAAGAAACACAAAUUUUAUUCUUCUUAUUGUUUGUAAUAAUGAUAAGAACACGAAAAACUGGUAGUGUCACAAUGAUACAUUAUUUAUCUGCUAGUUUUGUUUAUACUAAAAUAACAAAUCUUAUUUUAUGGUUUUAUGCUGAUAUUAGAAUGGGUAUUUUGUUUGCUGUUAUUUUUAUACUUUGUGCUUUAAUUUUACCUGAACCAACAUAUCAAGGUCCACAAAAUAUAACAUUUAUCAGAGGUGCCAAUGGUCUCGAAGAAGAAUUAAAAAGGGAUACACGUAUAAUUUGGCUUGUAGCAUUUUAUACAGCAUGGAAUCCAGCUUGCAAUACUUUUGCUCCAAUAUAUUCUCAAUUAUCAGCAGAAUAUGCUCUGGAGAAUUUAAGAUUCGGUAAAAUUGAUAUCGGAAGAUAUCCUGAUGCUGGAGUAAAGUAUCACGUAAGUGAUGCAAGUACCAGUAAGCAACUGCCAACAUUGAUAUUAUUCAAAGAUGGGAAAGAAGUAGAUCGGCGACCUUACGCUGAUAGGAAUGGAAGACUUGUUAAAUUUCUUUUCUCCUUAGACAAUAUGAAAGCGGCAUUCGAUUUAAAUAAUGUUUACAAAACAUGCAAGAAUAAUCCGCUAAAGAAAAAAGAUAAAAAAUCAAUAAAAGCUGAGUAAUUUAUCAGCAUUUUAUUUACAAACUAUCGCAUACCAAAUAGUAUGUUUAAUAAAUUAAUUAAACGCCAUAAUUUAAUUUUAAUUUAUUUUUAAAAGUUAAAAAUAAUCAAUGGUAAGCAAGUAAUAAAUCACCAAUCGUGUUCGUUAUAAACUACGAAAUGUCAACGUUGCUUUCAAUGUUAUACAUAUAUAACAAAAAAAAUUUUAUCGUACUGAAGAUACUCUUGUUUCGAUUUUUUUUUUUAAUAUUAUAUUUAAUGAAAUAAUUAAUUUAUUAAAAAAUUAUUUUUUACAUCAGUACAGUAGACGAAAAAUAAAUUACAAUAUCAUAUAAUGAUUAUGUAAAGUCUUAAAGCAUAAAAAUGUACAGAUAAUAGUUUAUCUCGUACUCAGUCUGCCGCAAUAAAAUUUAUUGUUAUUAUAUAUUUUUUUUUUUAUAA